UAUCUGUAUUCGCAUUGUCUUCAGCUCUUCGAAAGAUGGUUCGAAACCAAUCCAAAAUGGUACCAAGAUCUUUUGACGAGAAGAGCGGAAUAUCUGCAUCAGGCAUGAGUGGGCAUUCAUAUCUUAACCCGUUAAAUAUCCACCAAGCGAGCUCCAGUAGAACCGUACCCGUGAAGAGUCAGCAGCUCCGUCAUGUGUCCUUGGUUCCUUCAGUAAUAAACACUACACGCGGAAAAAUAGUCUCCAGAAUUAAGACAUCGCAAGCUGAAAAUGUACAUACCAUUGAACUUAGAUCGGCCAUCAGAAACAUAUUUUUAAAUAGCUCCAAGAUAAUGCCUCAAAAAUUUGACUUGUAUUCCUUAGAACGUAAUAAAAACAAAGGAAACGACUCGACCUGGGAAAAUAUAAAAAGCAUUCGUCAAAAACCUUCUGCUUUCUUUCCUGCAGUAGAAGACAACAACUUGCAAACAAUUGAAUCUCAACCGCAGGCGAAAGAAACGGUAGUCAUUCCCAUUCCUGAAAGGCAAGGGAAAUAUGAGACCGACGAUGGGCUACUUGUAAAAGGAAUAUUUCGGGCAAAAGCGCCAACGAGUAUAAAAUCCAGUGUAAACAUUGAACCAAAUGAAAACCGGCAAACAAUACUACUGGAUUCUGAUAGCCAAAAACUUGACUAUUAUAUGGAAGUAACUACAAAUUUGCCCAGCAACGAUGGUUACAAUAUGUCAAUUUACGGACUUCCCAUAUGCGCGUCCAUCGAAUCAAUUAAGUCAAAUAUUGACGCACAAAAGAAAUUUACCGCAUUUGACAUAGAGCCUUCCUGGAUGAAGAAACGACAUUUUUGGAAUAAUAUUUAUAACAGUCGCUACGAAUUUCUAAUGAGAAAUUCAAAAUGGCCGCCAUUGAAGGUUAUACUAGUACCUCGCUCACAUGUUAAUACUAUUUGGAAGAACACUUUUGAGCAUUAUAACAAUAACUCUGCCCACAAAAUCAUUUCUAACAUCGUGAAGAAGAUGAACUUAUAUCCUAACUUAACUUUUACUUGGAAUGAAAUAUCCCAUUUAAGUAAAUGGUGGAAAACGACCACCCAUAAAAACCGCGUGAGUCUUAAGAAAUUUGUAAAAGCAGGAAGAUUAGAAAUAACUACUGGAGGUUGGGUCGAAUCUGACGAAGCAACAACCCAUAUAUUCGGCCUCGUGCAUAAUCUGAUUGAAGGACACCAGUGGCUCGCGGAGCACCUAAACUUUGCGCCGGACGUGGCGUGGCUCACCAACAGUGUCACCCACAGUCCCACACUAGCCUAUCUAUUGUCUGCGUCGGGCAUAACUAAAUUAAUCUUCACCAAUGUUCAUUACUCGUGGGAGGAGUAUUUUGCAGAGUAUCAAAUAAGCGACUUCGUUUGGGUUCAAAACUGGAUCAGUGAAGGAUCAUAUUCGUCAGAGCUUAAUAAACUAUUAAAACAAUUAGGACAGGAUCGUUAUCCCAGCAAUUCGGUACUAUCACACUACUUACAGUUUAACACGGACGGAUUUGGAGCUUGUGGCCCCAAUAAACAAUUAUGUACCAUUGAUUUUGAUUUCUUCAAACAUGCCCAACCUUGGCAUAUACACGGAUACAACGUCAAAGAGAAGUCCGAAUUAAUUCUCGAACAAUAUUCGAAGACCGGGACCCUGACACCCCAUAAUGUCAUUAUUGCUCCAAUUGGAGGACCCCAUCACUUCGCAGCUCAAGAGGAGGUUGAUUACCAGUACAAUAACUACGAAAAAAUUGCUGACUUUAUCAACGUUAAUCGCGAUAUUUACAAAGCUACUAUUGAGUUUGGUACGCCAAACGAUUAUUUUAAGUCAAUCUUAAAAAGAAAUUUAAAGUAUCCAAGAUUGAAAGGAGAUUUUUUAAAUUUUGCCGAUGUGGAAAAUGGCAUCCCGGCGUAUUGGACAGGCUAUUUCACAUCCAGACCUUUACUUAAAAUUUUACUAAGGCGUCUUCAAGCAACCUUAAGAUCUUCAGAAAUAUUGUUUUCAUUUGCGCUAGCUGAUUCGACAAACCAUAGCCAAGAUAUUGACGUAAAUAUAAUUGAGCUAUUAACCAAAAGUAGAGAAACCGUCGCCCGAUUAUUAGAUCGCAACGUGAUAGGCGGCACCCUGUCUAGUAAUGUGCUCCGAUACGUGCACGACAAUAUUUGGACAACGGUGAACGACUGCUGGAAAAUACAGGAGGCCAUGGUUAGUUUGUUCACUACAAAUAAGACGAGAAAAACCCCUUAUUUGAGGAAGUAUGUGUAUCGAGACGGUGAGUUUGUAUCAAUAUUUAGAACUAUCAGUCCAGGCGAUAACGUGUUAGUGUUUAAUUCUUUAAGCCAUGAGAGAUACGAAAUAAUAGAACUGUUCACUAAAAUACCAAACAUCAGAAUUAUUGACCACAACAAAAAAGAUGUCCCAGUCCAGGUCAAUCCUGUAUGGAAGUACAACCUUAAUAAUGUAGUUAUAUCUAAACAAUUCUUCAAAAUAGUUUUCGCCGUUCUUAUCCCUCCGUUGACAAUUGAACUCUUCAAAGUAAAGGAAUCGCCUGUUACAACAUUUAAUGCAGCCACGAUAUAUUGCGUACACUGCAUUGUAGAAGAAGACAUGAAUAGUGAAUUAUAUUUCCCUUUUACUAUUCAGCCUAUUGAACAAGGGGAUGUUCAGCUGGAAAAUUAUAAGCAUCGCCUAGUAUUUGACGAAACCACUGGGUUAUUAAAAACAGUCGUAGAGAAAGACACCUAUACGGUAAAGCCGGUUGUGAUCGAUUACGGAGCAUUUACAGGAUCUGACGUAAAUUCUGGGAUGUUUUUACUUAACACUAAUACGACAAACCCAAUUCGAGAUAUAUUGAAACCAUACAGAACAACAAAAAUAUUUAUGAUAUUGACUGGCCAACUGAUCACUGAAUUUACUUCAGUAUACGGACAACUGUUACACCACACUGUCAAAUUAUUUAAUGUACUUAACAGCCCCUUAUCCAGCGUCAUUUUCAUCGAAAGUAAAGUAGAUUUAAAUGUUUCACCAAGUAACAGAGAUGUAGAAUUAUUUAUGUCAAUACAAACGGAUAUUAAUAACGGAAAUCCUCCAGAGAUCUAUAUCGAUAAUAACGGAUUUCAAUACACACCUCGUACUAUUAAUGUAACUAGACGCAUUGAAUCUAAUGUGUAUCCUAUAACGACACUAAGCUACAUCCAAGACCGAAAGCAACGCUUAACUGUUAUUACUGACCAUGCCCAAGGAGUGAGUGCACUGCAAGAGGGACAGAUAGUUGUGAUGCUGGAUAGGAGGGUCCUCUUCGACGACGGCCGGGGGGUCAAUGAAGGGCUAGCCGAUAGAGGCGCUACGUACCAAAGACAUUAUAUCCUACUGGAAAACUUCAGCCAAACAACUAAAUAUUACCCCGGGCCCCAUUCAAAAUCUGUCCAAUUACCCAGUUACAGGGCUAAUUAUUUAUCUAAUACUUUAAAUUACGACUCAGACAUUUUUAUAAUAGACAAGAAUGCGACUGGGUAUUGCUUAUACGCUAUCAUUCCUUUAAUUAAGGCGACAUAUCCAUGCGACGUCUUUUUACUUAGUUACAGAGCAUUUUUGGACGGCAUUACUUCAAAACGUUCGUCAACAAAUGCAGGUUUGAUGAUUUUGCAUAGACAAAGCUUCACUUGUCAGAUAAAUUAUGAGUCACUGGUACACUGUGACUUAGAUCCUAAUCUCUUCAUACAGAACAUACUUCCGGCCACUAAAACAGUUUUUAAAACUAAUUUAGCGGGUACAAACCAGGGAACCCGUUUAAAAUAUAUAAAUCUAGAAAUGUUUCAGCCAAUGGAACUAUUAACUUUAAGAAUACAUUCAUGAAACUAUACCAGCUAGACCUUCUCUCAUUUGUGUUCGAGAUGAUUAAGUCAAUAGAAACUUCUUAUAUACUUAAUAUAAAUGUGUGCCUUUAACACCGCAGUAGUUAGGAAUUAGGUAGGUCGUGAAUUUUGAAUAGGGUAAUUCGCCAGUAACUAGCCACUUUUAGUAACUGGCCGCCCGAAACUGAAAAUGAAUUCUAUUCACCUAUACAUAGAAUUCAUUUUAGUAUAAGGUGGCCAGUUAUUGAAGGCUGGCCAGUUAUUAAAACCUUAUACUAUAAAAAAAAAAACAUAGCCACAACCGAAUACAGAACCUCCCCCUUCUAUGAAAUUGAAGUCGGUUAAAAAUUAAUUCUGUUUAUAGGUAUAGAUGGUCCACAGAUGGUCAAGCAAAUCUUGUCAGUAGAAAAAGGCGCGAAAUUCACUUUUUCUAUGAGACAAUAUCCCUUCGCGCCUACAUUUUUCAAAUUUGCCGCCUUUUUCUACUGACAAGAUCUGCUUGACCAACUUUAAAUAGAAUUCAUUUUUAGUUUAGGGCGGCCAGUUACUAAAACCGGCCAGUUACUUUGCGAAUUACCCUACGUUAUGUUAGGUAUUAAGCGAGGCGUAGGUAGACCAGCAAGAACUGCAUGCAAUUUACGUUACAUUUCCGACUACUAUAAAGUAAACUGGAUUCAAUAAUUAAGUUUGAUCAGAUACCGCAAUGUAAUGAAAAUUUCAUGCAAGUUCUUGUUAGUCUAAACCUCGCUUUAGGGUAGGUUUUAUUAUUUUUAUUAUAAGACCUACUUAUUACAAUGUUCUCGUUAUGUAAUGCAGUGCAACAGCAAAGAGUAUUUAAUAUUCCAGUUCAAAAUACCAGUAGUUUUAAAUAUAGGGAUAGCCCUAUAUUGAGACGAUACUUAUUUAUUUAUAUAUUUGUUAUAGAUGGUCAAGCAAAUCUUGUCCGUAGAAAAAGGCGCGAAAUUCAAAUUUUCUAUGAGACGAUAUCCCUUCGCGCCUACAUUUUCCAAAUUUGCCGCCUUUUUCUACUGACAAGGUCUGCUUGACCAACUUUAUCAAUUAACGGUGCCAUAUUUUUUUUGUAUUCCUUAAGUAAGUUUUACCUGCUCUAAAACUGACCUAGCCUACUCACAAUCGUAUGAACAUUGGUAAACGAGCUGUGAUUUGAUGUGCAUUAAAAAGUGGAAUACCACAAAUGUCUCGAUAAUGAGGGUUCUCGUUUUCAUUGGUUUGUGGUGUCAAAAAAUAUGGCUGUUUCAUACAUCUUGGCUGGUCCAUUUUCUAUGGGAGGGUAAAUUUUUUUUCGCGAUUUCGGGGUUGAUCGCAUAGUAAUAUGGCAACAGGGUGUCCCUAGCCAUUGGACAAAGCCGAAAUAUACAUAUUACAUUAAGGUAUUUAGAACUAGUAUACAAAGUAUCAUAACAACCGGUGUAGCGGUUACGAAGAAAUUAACAAAUUACGAUUAUUUAUUUUGGAGCAGUCUGUAUGUAUUAGUAGCUCCUGAGGUAAUAAAUAGUAUGAAACCUUCUUAAACCUUUUUGAUUAUCUUUUUUAUUUAUAACACU